AUGGCUUCCAAAAGGUCCAAGGCAGCCCCUGCCGGCGAUGACAUUGACGAGCUCUUCGAGGGCAUCGGCGACGACCCCGCUUCCGCCCCCAAGAAAUCCCUGGACAAAAAGCCCAAGCCCACCAGCGCCGCCUCCAAGGCCAUGGUCGACCAAGACAUCCUCGCCGAGCUAGAAAAGGACCUCGGAGAGCCUUCACGACCUCAUACGCCCCGUGUCCGCGAUCCCGCACCCAAGGGCUCGCCUGCCCGACAGGCCGCCGCCUCCACUACCCCGACCCAGGACGAGAAGCCCAGUGCUGCCGCUGCGGUCCCUCGCAAGUCCACCGAUAGCGCCCGAUCUCUGCGUGCCAGCUUCACCCCCAGCGCCACCAGCUCCGAUCUUCAAGAGUCAGAGAAGAAGGGCACCGUCGAACAACAGGCUGCCGCUGCCGCUGCCGCUUCAACCGCCUCUACUUCCCAGGGCGGUGGCUGGUGGGGUGGCAUAUUCUCUACGGCCACAGCUGCCAUGAAGCAAGCCGAGGCAGCCGUGAAGGAGAUUCGGGAAAACGAAGAGGCUAAAAAAUGGGCGGAACAGGUCCGAGGAAAUGUUGGUGGACUGCGUGCGCUUGGCGACAACCUCCGCCAACAAGCCCUACCCACGUUCACCAACAUCAUCCACACCCUCGCACCACCUAUUAGCCAGCACGAGCGCCUGAUGAUCCACAUCACACACGACUUUGUCGGAUACCCGUCUCUGGAUCCCCUCAUCUACGACGUCUUUUCCCGCGUCAUGGCCCAGGUCGAGGGCGGAGAUUUGAUGGUCAUCCAGCGGGGCCAGGAAAACACCGGCAGGAGAUCCCACGACGUCGCCGCCGGCUGGCGCGACGGCCCUUGGUGGAGGCAGCCCGAUUCGCGCCGCGAUCUCGGCGUCGUCAAGGGCCUCGUCGAGGGGACCAAGCUGUGCCGCGCCGGCGCCGAGGGCUACGCGAACGAAUACUUCUCGGCCCACGGCGGCAUCGAGCUCGCCAAAGUCCGCGCCACCCAGGCCGUCAGCGAGAGCAACCCCGUCCGCAGCUCCGACGUCUUCCUGGCCGUGCAGGCCGUCGGCUUCGACGCCGACAACGGGCUCUUCGCCCACACCGCCGCCGUCGAGAAGGAGAAGGAGGCCUCCGCCGUCGCCGACCCUUCCGGCGCGGACGAGCUGGUCUGCUUUGCCCUCUUUGUCUUGGAUCCCGUCCAUGAGAUUGAGUACUCGGCCCUCAGCCAGGCCAUCCCUGCCCGAUGGGUCCGGUGGCUGGAUGCCGCUAGCCCUCUGACCCCUACGAGCGGCGACGACGACGACGAGGAGGAGGAGGACCGGGACUCGUCGGCCGGUGUUCUGGUGCCUGAGGAGAUUCGGGAAAUUAUCGAGAGUGGAGCCGUUGAUCCCCGAGAGUGGGUGGCGGAAUGGAUCGAAGAGACGCUCAGCCUCGCUGCCGGUGUCGUUGCCCAGAGGUACGUCGCCCGCAGGAUGGGCGUUGGGGAGGGAGGCAUUGGAAAGGGGAAGAGACCGGUGCAAGACGUCGCGGGGGAUGGAGCCGGGGCAGGAGCCUGA